UUGCACAACAGUGAAAUUCGGUCACAUGGUCGUUUGAAGUCAUCGAAUUGUGUUGUGGAUAGUCGAUUUGUCCUCAAAGUCACUGAUUUCGGGUUGCACGGUCUCCAUGCCAUGGAAGAGAACACCAUAGACGACAUCGGAGAGCACGCGUUCUACAAAAAGUUGUUGUGGACGGCUCCAGAGCUCUUACGAAACCCCAAUCCGCCGCCGAUGGGCACUCAGAAAGGCGAUAUUUAUUCAUUUGCAAUCAUUCUUCAUGAGGUUUUAUGGAGGAACGGGGUGUUUCCAGUGAAAAACGAGAACUUGUCUCCGUACGAGAUUGUACAACGUGUGAAGAAAACUGUGGCAAGUCCCGAAGAUGUGUUCCGUCCGUACAUUCCUGACAGUAUGGAUGCCGACGAUGACAUCAAU